GCUUGGAAGUGAAGGCAUGGAGAUGGAAAGCAACCUUAUCAUGAAAAAUCAGAAGCUUGAAGCCUUCGGUAUUCUCAGAAAAGCUCUUAUAAUCUCUACAAGAAACACCAACUUCUUUAUCUUCAUCAUUCUCACCUCCCUUCCUCUGUUCUGUUUCUUGGUUUACUAUGAAUCUUCUCUCCAAAAAUCCCUGGUUGAAAUCUCAAAAAUUCUAAAUCCACUCCACAACAACGUCCAUAGUUACAAUGCUUACUUCAACUUGAGUUGGUCAAUACCAUUAGACAUAGCCAAAAAAUUGAACAAAGAGUUUCCUUAUGAGUUGACUCAUCUUGGUCUUCUCUAUCUGGUGCCUCUCCAUCUCCUAAAGCUCAGCACUGUGAUUGUGAUUGUCCAUUUGGCAUCAAAGAUAUACACGGAAGAGAUACCGACAACGAUGACUUUCAAAGAGAUGGUACAUAGACCCUUUGGCAAAACAAGACUGAAGGGCACAUUUGUUACAUAUGUCUAUGUUCUUUUCUUGUCAACUUUUACUCUUCUAGGAUUGGCAUGGUUAGGAAUAACAUACUAUGCUCUCUUCAGGGACUUCAGCUUCAUGGAUGAUCGUGUUUCCUAUGCUGUUCUUUGUUGGCCAUCUUUUGUAGCAUUGCUAGCAAUGUAUUUGGCAUGGAGUUCUGUAUGGAAUGUGAGUGUUGUGAUUUCAAUUUUGGAGGGGACACGUGGAAUCAAGGCAUUUGGUCAAGCAAUAUAUCUCACCAGUGGUUGUGAGUGGAGAGGGUUUAUUUUGAUGCUUAUUUUUUGUGCUUGGGAAGUAGGUUUAAGGUUGCCAUGCCUCUACAUUGGCAGCUAUGAAAGAGGGAAUUAUAUUGGUCUUGUUGCACAGGUUAGCUUGUUCUGCUUUGGGAAUGUGCUGAAGUGGGUUGCCUGCAUGAUAUAUUUCUACGAUUGCAAGAACCGGGCUUUAGAGAAGAAGCUAAUGAUGAAGAGUAAGAAGAGAGUUGAAAGCUGUGGAUGAAUAAGCACUACAGGCAAGUAGAUGGAUGUGAUCAAGCUCCAGAUGAGCACUAGUAGGAACUGCAACAAAGUUUGAUUUGGAUCAUUCUGCAUCAUGUUGAUUUAAGUCUUUUAGCUCAAU